UUUUUUCAUAAGGGGGAAUGGGGAAAUUGAAAAUGAGAUUCAUAUCAAAGCUUGCCCUUUUUUCCAAUUUUGUCAUAUCCAGAAUCACAAGGAAACAGAUAUGGAAGAAAGUACGACAGAAGAUUAGCAAUAUCCCUCAACUGUCAGUAGACUGGGAUUCAGUAACUGACCGGUUUAUUGAACCAAUAAUAUGGGUGGUCGAUCAUUUCGCCGAUUCCCUAGGAAGGAUAUUUGUCACUCUAGUCUGGCUCUUGAUUCAAUUUGUUGUUGGUGUUGCAUAUUGGAUUGGACUCUCAUUUUAUUGGAACAUCAGUGCAGAGCUCACCAUCGCCCUUGUGAUAUUUGGGCAUUGGAUUUUACUUAAUGUAGUAUUUCACUACUACAUGGCUUUAAUAACACCUCCAGGAAACCCUCCAAAUGUAGACCAAAUUCCCCACAUUAAAGCUCGCUGUAAAAAGUGUCAGUCAGCCAAACCUGAGCGAACUCAUCACUGCUCAAUUUGUCGGACUUGUAUCCUCAGGAUGGACCAUCACUGCCCUUGGUUGAAUAACUGUGUUGGCCAUUUCAACCACCGAUAUUUUUUUCUUUUCAUGGCGUACGUUGUACUAGGAAUGAUUUUCCUUUUCAUUUUCGGAGCCCCAGUCAUUCUUCACGAAUUAUCAAAUUUCGAUCCUUCGGAACCAAUAGGAUACCCAGUAUUCAGUAACGGAUCUCAUGUGCAUCCAGUGCAGGUAGAAGAAGUAGCUCCAGCACCUCGACCAAGAUCACUGAGAAGGGCUGUCGCUGUAACGGAGGCAAUACUCUGUGCCGGAGUUUUAGCUGCCUUGAGUGCCUUAGUUGGGUGGCACGCCAGACUUAUAUCCAGAGGGGAAACGAGCAUUGAAAAUUUGACUAACAAAGAUGACCGCGAAGCUAAACGAUUAGAAGGAAAUGUCUUUGUCAACCCACAUGACUACGGUACUUAUGAAAAUUGGCGGAUAUUUCUUGGGCUCUCUGAAGGAAGAACAUGGUGGUGCGUUUUCUUUCCAUCUGUUCAUCCUCCACGAGGUGACGGAAUCUCAUGGAACUUCAAAAAUGAUCUGACUCAUGUUUCUUACAAAUGAUCAGUUUGUAUAAAUUAAAACGCUUAUAAGUUACUCCCGCUUAAAUAUGAUUGUGAAACCUAGUGUAAUUUUAUUUGUGAUUAAUCGAAUUUUUCCAAUCAAUAAUUCGAAAUAAAUCUCACGUGUGCAAACAA